AUGCGGAUUAGUAUCGGAUUAAAAAAUGAUUUUGCGAGAUUAAACGAAACGGAGAUUUGCAGAAAUCCGAGACUUCAACAGUUGCAAGCAGAAGACGACGAUAGUUGUCCCGUGAUAUUAGAUAGAGAUUUUCACAGUUUGCAUCGAAACGUUCCCGCUUUGAGACGACGUGACGUCGAUAUCACUGCCAUAAGACAACAUUAUUAUCCCGAAGGAGGAUGGGGAUGGAUAAUUUGCGGAGCGGGAUUCAUUGUGCAUUUAUUCACGACGGGACUCCAAUUAUCCUACGGGUUGUUGUACCUUCACACUUUACACCACAUCGGAAAUCACACAGUCAUGGAUACAGCUUGGAUCGGUCCUCUUUGUUUGGCCGUAUCACUUUUUUCCACACCCAUCGUCGUGGCUAUUUGUAAAAGAAAAUCUACGAGGCUCACUGCCAUACUCGGUGGUCUGAUAAUGGCGCUGGGAUGUUUAUUUACAUCUUUUGCACAUCAACUACAUCAAAUAAUGCUCAGCUAUGGUAUAGUCAUGGGCAUAGGCGUGAGUUUGGUGAGAGAAACAUCGAGUUUAAUGUUGGGUCAUUAUUUUAAAAGGAGGAGAGAAUUUGUCGAAAUGGUAUCGCAAGCCGGUGCUGGCAUCGGUAUCACAUUAAUUUCCGUUUUUUACAAGGAAGCUGUCGGGAAAUUAGGUUGGCGUUUGGGUCUUCAAGCAGUUACUGCAAUACUUUCCCUAACGUUUUUCCUCGGGAUUUUAUACAGGUCGGCAUCUUUAUAUCAUCCGCAAAGAAGAGCAAUUUUACAUUUGAAAAAUCAAAAGAAAAAAAUCAAAGAAAAAAAAGGUCAUAGGAAAGUUGAAAAACCUCCUCUAUUAGAUUUUUCCCCGUUGAGAAUACGAACGGUACAGAUAUUAUUAUUAUCAUCAGGUACGGCAGCUUUUGGUGUUUACACUCCGGUAUUUUACUUGGCAUUGCAAGGAUAUAAAGAAGGUUUGGAACAUAACACUUUGGUUUUGCUCGAAACAUUUUUGGGAUUUGCCACGGCCCUAGGUUGCAUAGGGUUCGGACUCAUCGUUCUACGGCCAAGUGAAAAUUGCCUUGUGUCGAGACAAUAUUUGUGUCAGGUUGCAAUGGUAGGUAUAAGCAUUUCUUUAUUGGCACUCGGCACAGUUCAAGGAUAUCACGGCUAUGCUUUGUUUGUGUGGAUUUAUGGUAUAUGUCUUGGAGGAUUUUUCUACUCUUUGAAAAUGUUUACAAUGGAAAGAGUGAGAGCUAGACAUUUCACAAGAGCUUGGGGAUUUGUACAAGGGGCAGAAGCCAUUCCAGUUUUAAUCGGGGUUCCUAUAACCGGUUAUAUCAAUCAAAGUCAUCCGAAAGCAGGUUAUUAUUUAUCAUUUUUUUCUGCUAUAUUAGGAGCUGUGCUUUUGUAUUUUGUCGAAGUUCCUCCGAGAGAUGAAGAGUUAUCACCUUUGCCACUGCCAACACAUACAAAUAAUAAUCCUAGAGGAAGCAUUUGCAUUUGCCCCUCGAUUUCACCAAGGCAUUUAACCAUGCAAACUCAUCUGCCUAAAAGUGUUUCAUUUGCGACCACACUCGACAUACCUGAUCCAUCUCUCAUGGGGUACGUUUCUGAAGAAAGAAUACCUUAUUUAAUGCAUUAUGAUUAUUUGAGACCUGGCGGUUUUCCGGGACGACGAACACUUAGAACGUGCAAAAGCGUACCAGAAGGCCUGGCAAGAUAUGAAUACUACUACAGAACUCCAAAAAGUGUACAAGUAAUAGAACAAAUGACAACAUCUGUCUAG